CCAUUUCUUCCUCUCUCCUUCCCAUCAUGACCACCUCGCCGGUCACUGUUGUUGUUCACAUUCAUGCCAAGGAUGGUCAGCAGGCGCUUGUUCGCUCCGAGCUCGAGAAGCUCAUCCCGAUCACUCUGGCCGAAGCCGGCUGCCUGGGCUACGAUCUGCACGUGGACAACGCCGACGACAAGCACUUUGUUUUCUACGAGACGUGGGAGUCCGAAGAGCUGCUGGAGGCGCACUCUAAAGCACCGCAUCUUGCAGCCUUUGGCGCGGCCACCAAGGAUGCCGUGGAGAGGUUCAGCCUCGACAAGAUGACCCGCAUCGCGCCGGCCACCGAGUAAGCCAUCAGCCCGAGGUGUAAAAGAGAGCCUUGAGCAGAUAAAAGAUGACCAAAGUUG